AUGAAUCGUAGUUGGAUGAAAGUUGAUAGAUUAGGUCUGAUUUAUGUGAACGGAGUUCUUGAAUUCCUUGAAUAUGUUGAUAAACAUCUUCCCGACAAUAAUGGUAUCUUUUAUUGUCCUUGUGUUGUUUACACGAAUAUCAAAAAGGGUACAAAGAAAGAAAUAUCCUAUCACCUUUGUUGUGGUGGUAUAUGUCAAAAUUAUAUAAUAUGGAUGUGGCAUGGUGAGGUGGAUAAAAAGGAAAUUCGGGAGUCACAAAGUCAAAAAGUGGAUGAAUAUGAAUAUAUGGAAGAUCAACUAGAUGAUAUGUUUCGUGAUAUUGGGAAAUCUUCUUUUAAUAAUGCUCAUAUUUAUGAUACUUUAGGUAGUGAUAAAGACACCCCUUUGUAUAAGGGAUGCACAAAUUUUACAAGAUUGUCGGCAGUGUUAAAGUUGGUUAAUCUGAAGGCAAAAAAUGGAUGGUCGUAUAAAUGUUUCACGAAAUUACUAGAAGAUAACAAACUGCUGGAUCGUUGCUAUGAGGCUAAGAAGAUAUUGUGUCCAAUGGGUCUGGAGAAUAUCAUAAUACAUGCUUGCCCUAAUAAUUUCAUAUUAUAUUGGAAAGAGUAUGAAGACUUGUAUCAAUGUCUGAAAUAUGGUGUGUCGCGUUACAAGAUGAAGGCCAACAAUGGUGAUGACAAUGACUAUGACAAUGUUGGUAGGAAGCAUCCUCCUGCUAAAGUGUUAUGGUACUUGCCAAUAAUUUCACGAUUUAAGAGACUUUUUGCUAAUUCAAAUGAUGCAAAGAAUCUUAUAUGGCAUGCAGGUGAAAUGACUCGUGAUGGAAACAUUCGCCAUGUAGCUGAUUCGUUGUUUCCGGAUUUUAGAGUUGAGCCAAGAAACCUUAGGCUUGGGAUUUCCAUCGAUGGAAUGAAACCCUUUGGUAAUCUGAGCACUAAUCAUACUUCGUGGCCUGUUCUUCUCACUAUUUACAACCUAUCUCCUUGGUUAUGCAUGAAGCGCAAGUAUAUACUAUUAAGUAUGAUGGUUUCUGGACCAUGA